GGACGAACGAACGAACGACGGUUGAACAACGGACUCGAACAUACCUACCUACCUACCUACCUACCACCUCGAUACACACGGCAAAUCAUACUCCAUUGCUGGGUUCAAAUAAUCCACUCGGUUCAUUCAUAUCAGAGAAGAGAGAAGAGAUACGGUCAAGAUGUUAAAGAUUUGGUCUAUGAAACAAAAACAACAGCAGGCUGAAAAUGCCGAAGGCGCUGACGGGAAGAAGAAGAAGAAGGUUACUGCGGCGCAGUUGAGGGUGCAGCGGGACCUGCAAGAACUCACCCUAGGCAGCACCAUGAAAAUGACCUUCCCCAACCCCGACGACAUCCUCAACUUCACCCUCACCAUCGAACCCGACGAGGGCAUGUACAAAGGCGGGGCCUUCGCCUUUUCGUUUACUGUCAACCAGAACUUCCCGCAUGAUCCGCCCAAGGUCAAGUGCACGCAGAAGAUCUAUCAUCCGAAUAUUGACAUGGAGGGGAAUGUGUGUCUGAAUAUUUUGAGGGAGGAUUGGAAGCCGGUGUUGAAUUUGAAUGCGGUUAUUGUUGGGAUGCAGUUCCUCUUCCUCGAACCCAACGCCUCCGACCCCCUCAACAAAGAAGCAGCCGACGAUCUACGCACAAAUAGGGACGCAUUCAAGCGGAAUGUGCGGACGUCUAUGGCGGGGGGAACGGUGCGAGGGGUGCAAUUCGACAAGGUUUUGCGAUAGUCAUUUGAUUAAUUGAUUACAUGGGUAGUAUUGCAUGCUGUGCUUAUUUUAUUAGGAUUACCAUUAGCGACUGGAUAGAUUAUUCCCUGCUGGCUUACUUUAUUUGAUCCUGC